AUGGCAUCCAAACCCCAAGUGGACCGAAUCACCAAUCGACUCGCUCUAUACCAACAUCAGAUCUCUCCGCAUUCCAGCCAACACACCAUGGCUGCCCGCGACCCCAUCACCUGCCACUGUCUCAACACCCUAUCAGGCACCCCAGCCGCCAACCUCCCAGUAACCCUGACCCUGCUCUCUGGGCCCAGCGGCGCCUCCUUCCGCGCAACCACCAAUGCCGACGGCCGCGUCGCGAACUGGACCCCCGUCGGCACCGAUGAGACAGUCCCUGCCAUCCUCGCCGGUCUAGAAACGGCAAACACCAAGACAAACUGGUCGGUGCGCUUUGAGGUCGGCCCCUGGUACGAGGCCCAGGGCAUCGAGAGCUUCUGGCCCGAGGUCGAGGUCAAGUUCACCGUCAAGGGUCGUGGGCGAGAGGGCGAGGAGGGUUGGCGCCACUACCAUGUGCCUGUCUUGCUGGGUCCUUGGAAUUAUUCCACCUAUCGGGGUUCGUGA